AUGUGCCUAUGCAGCCAGAAGAAUGCCACCACGCCAGUGAAUCUAUUGGGUUUGGGCAGAGCAUAUGCUCUGGCUUUUGCUGAAAGAGGAGCUUCAGUAGUUGUGAAUGAUCUUGGAGGUGAUUUCAAGGGAUAUGGCAAGAGCUCCUCAGCUGCUGACAAAGUUGUCAACGAAAUCAGAGCGAAAGGAGGGAAAGCAGUACCCAAUUAUGAUUCAGUGGAAGAUGGUGAAAAGCUGGUGAAGACAGCACUCGAGGCUUUUGGGAGGAUAGAUAUUGUUAUAAACAAUGCUGGGAUCCUAAGAGACCGUUCAUUUGUUCGGAUAAGUGAUGACGAUUGGGAUAUAAUUCAUAGAAUUCAUUUGAGGGGUUCGUUCCUGGUCACCCGAGCUGCAUGGAAUCAUAUGAAAAAUCAGAAAUUUGGCAGAAUAAUUAUGACUUCCUCAGCUGCUGGAAUAUAUGGAAACUUUGGUCAGGCAAACUACAGUGCUGCAAAACUUGGCCUUUUGGGUCUUUCAAACACAAUUGCAAUUGAAGGCCGGAAGUAUAACAUCCACUGCAACACAAUUGCUCCUACUGCUGGAUCCAGACUGACCCAGACUGUCAUGCCACAAGAUCUGGUCGAUGCUUUCAAACCAGAGUAUGUUGCUCCCUUAGUUGUUUGGCUUUGCCACGAGAGCUGUGCGGAGAAUGGCAGUCUGUUUGAGGUGGGAGCUGGAUGGAUUGGAAAAUUGCGCUGGGAGCGAUCCUUGGGUGCUAUUGUCAGAGGAAAGAAUCAGCCAAUGACGCCUGAAGCAGUGAGAGAUAAAUGGGAGAAGGUCUGUGACUUUGAUAACGCCAGCAAACCCAGAAGUAUCCAAGAGUCCAUAAGUGUAUUGAAUGAUGCUCUAAGUCAGAUAGAGUCUCAAGGGAAUGUUUCUAUGAAUUCAACAAGCUCUGGAUCAAUGGUCUCUUCAUUUGUUGACACAGCAAGCAUUGUUGGCCGGGAAUUGGCUACCAACGUGUAUGAAUAUACUCACUUAGAGCCUAUUCUAUAUGCCCUUGGUGUGGGAAUGUCAACUAAGGAUCCAGAUCACCUAAAAUUUCUCUUUGAAGGAAGUGAAGACUUCUGCUGUUUACCUAGCUUUGGAGUAAUUCCUGCUCAGACUUCAAUGUUUGAUGGUGUUCCUUCUCUUCCAGGACUAAAUAUUGAUCUCACAAAGAUGCUGCAUGGUGAGCAAUAUCUGGAACUGUAUAAACCAUUACCAACCUCAGGGCAAUUGACUUCCGUUUCAACCGUUGCUGAUAUUCUCGACAAAGGAUCAGGAGCAGUCUUGCUUAUAGAUGUGAAUACCUAUUGUGGAAAGGACCUGGUGUGUUAUAAUCAGUUCUCUUUGUUUUUCGUUGGAGCUGGAGGAUUUGGUGGAAAACGAGUAUCAGAAAAGGCCAAGGUAACAGUGAAUCCACCCGAGAGACCCCCUGAUGCUGUAAUUUCUGAUGUCACAACAGCUGAUCAGGCUGCCCUAUAUCGGCUGAGUGGGGAUUGGAAUCCUUUACAUGUUGAUCCAAGUUUUGCUGCUCUUGGAGGAUUUAAGAAGCCUAUACUUCAUGGACUAUGCUCCUUUGGAUUUGCUGCUAGAAACGUUUUGAAGCAGUUUGCAAAUAAUGAUGUGAACAGAUUCAAAGCGAUCAAGGUCUGUGUUCUUUCACGGUUUCCAGGACAAACUUUACAAACAGAAAUGUGGAAGGAAGGAAAUAAAAUCCAUUUUCAGACUAAGGUCAAAGAGACUGGAGAAGUUGCUAUUGCAGGGGGCUAUGUGGAUAUAGUACCAGCCUUGGAUAAGCCUUCUGCUCAGGAGCCUCUGAAGACUGCAGGGCUGCAGAGUGACCUUGUGUUUGAAGAAAUUGGUCAUCGCGUAAAACAGAUUGGAAAUGAAUUGGUAAAGAAAGUAAAUGCCAUAUUCCAAUGGGACAUCACUAAAGAUGGAAAAACAGCAAUGCAGUGGACAAUUGACUUAAAGAAUGGCUCUGGAGCAGUGUAUCAAGGACCUGCAAGAAGUUCUGCUGAUACCAUCUUCACUCUCUCAGACGAGGAUUUCAUGGACGUGGUACAACAAAAGACCAACCCCCAAAAGGCAUUCUUUUCUGGUAAACUAAAAGUGAAGGGAAACAUCAUGCUGAGCCAGAAGUUGGAAAUGAUCCUGAAAGAUUAUGCCAAACUCUGAACUGCUUGAUCAUCUACCACAGCAGUGAAGAACUUCAGAAGAUAGAAACUUCAAUUAGUUCAGAACCAAUGAUUGAAACAUUUGCAGGCUACUUAACAUCAAUGUACUAAUUCAUUAUACUGCUAAUAUACAAGCUGUUUUAAUUGCUGUAGACAGAAAAUUAUGAAAUGAAUGUAACUGUUAUUAUUAUCCCUUUUUUGUUUCACAGCAGUGGUAGAGAAUCAUACUUUCCUCAUUGCACAACUUUAUCUGAAUAAAAUGUAUGUAGUUCUUACGAAGAUGCAUAUAUUUCUAUAUUAAUUCUGAAGAAAAUUAAACCAAUACACCUCUUUGAUAUCUCCUUC